AUGAUGUUUUUGUUUUUUAAAAAAUUAAAAAGCAUGCUCCACAUAAAAAAAAAUUUGUUUUUUAAAAUUUUCUUGAAUUUAUUUUUUGUAAAAAAUAAUCCCCGUGCCUUAUAUAUAGUUAAUUAG